UGGUUAGAAAUGUCAUAAACAGGUGACAUUUGAGAGGUUAGAAUAUGUAUUCAUAGGUCCAUACGGCAAAGAAUAUCUUAUUUUGUAAUAAAAUAUCUGAUAGAGUUGUUAUAAAUAAUGCCUGUAAGCUACUUAGAUGUAGUUUAUAGAAAAAUAUUGCUGACAAAAUUUUUUACCAGAGGUUGGGGUAACCCUGAUGAUCUACGGAGGCUUUUUAAUUUUAGAAAGAUUAUUUCAAACCGUUCAACAUGCUAUAAUUUAGUGCCUAAAGAUUAUCCUAUCAAAAUUACAAAUUCACAUGUACACGCAAAUUGUCGAGUAAUAGAAGGAAGGUUUCGUAGUCCUUUUGCUAAACAUUUACCAGGUAUUACACCUUCUGAAGUACAUGAUGCCGUCUUUCAAAUGAUCAUACCAUUAAAAUGGCCCGAUGAUAAGUUUAAGCCCGUUUGUAUCCAUCUAGCAGGUACUGGCGAUCAUUUCUUUUGGCGAAGGAAGUAUUUGAUGGUGAAGCCUCUCAUAGAAAAAGGUAUAGGAGCAAUAAUAUUAGAAAAUCCUUAUUAUGGAUUCAGAAAACCUCCAGCACAAGUAAGAUCAAGUGUACACUAUGUAUCAGACAUUUUUGUCAUGGGAGGUUGUUUAAUACUGGAGUGCGUAACAUUAUUAAAUUGGUGUGAAAGUCAAGGUUUUGGACCUCUAGGAAUUACUGGAAUAUCAAUGGGUGGACAUAUGGCCUCCUUAGCAGCCAGUAAUUGGCCAAAACCUUUGGUACUAGUUCCUUGUCUAAGUUGGUCCACAGCAUCAUCAGUUUUUACAGAGGGAGUAAUGAGUGAAUCUAUUGAUUGGGACAUGUUGCAAAAUCAAUAUUUUAAUGAAAAAUUAUAUUGUGAAGAAUUAUCUAAAAGUUGUAAAGUAGUUGAUGAUCCUUUUGCUUGUAGUCUUACAAAAAACAUUACAGAUGACUAUGCUAUACAGUAUGAACAGGAUAUUAUCGAAGAUCUCAAGUCUAGCUAUGCAACUCCACAUGAAAUACUCAAUAAUUUAAAAAUAACUGUAUCGCAGUCUGAUUGCAAAGCUAUGGACUACAAGUCUACUAAUGAGAAAUCUAGUUUUAAGCCGACUAUGGACUCUAUUAAAAAAAUUACAAUAUUUAAACCAAGCCCUAAAGUAGUACAAAUGAAAAGAAGAGCAACUGAAGCUUUAUGGUUUAUGAGGGGUAUGAUGGAUGAAUGUACACAUUUGAAAAAUUUCUCUGUCCCUGUAGAUACUUCCCUAAUAAUAUCUAUAACUGCUCAAACUGAUGGAUAUGUGCCUAGAAAAGGCGUUUCUAGAUUGGAUGAAAUUUGGCCAGGCGCUACUGUAAAAUAUCUUAAUUGUGGUCAUGUUGGUGCUUAUAUUUGGUACAGAAAUAUUUUUAGAGAUGCAAUAGUAGCAGCAUUUGAUAAAGCCAAGAAGAAAUUCUAGUGUGAUGUUUUUCAAUAAUAAUUUAAGUUUUUUGAGUUUGACCACAAGUGCCUCUUGUUUAAAAUACCUCAGCAGGUGUUAUAAAUUACUAGUUACAACUAGUACUGAGCAGUACCUGAUUGACUUAUUAUGAAUCUUUGUGAUAUGUUUUGUUACAUUUGUUUAAUCAGACUAUUAAAUUUUAUAUUUAGAUAAUAAAGUAUUGAAUCUUUUA